ACCUCAGACUCAUGCUGACGAACACGAUGAAAGUUGCCUUUGUUGCUGCUUGCGGGAUCCUCCUUGGUGUCCAGGCAGCAGUGCCUCCGACACAGCCUCAGGCUGACAUUUUCUGCAACAGUAAAGCAAGUCAUGAACAUGGAGUUGAGAAUGUAAUGACGUGUGCAAAGGGCGAUUUGAAGUGGGAAUACUCAGAGGGUAAGUGCAAAGCUUUAUGCAAGUGAGCUUGAGACAAGACAACGGAAGUCGUUUGGGCCGUAUGCAAGUCUAGAGCGCGCGU